AUGACACUUUAUUUACCUAUUUUGUAUUUUAUUUUUAUUUUUGGCCUUCAAAUAAACUGUAAUGAAGAGUCUAGCGCCUCAUUUGAAGCUGGACAGUUUUCAAAACCAAGUAUUCCGGAAAAUGUAUAUAUGUUUGAAUAUUUUACCGGAAAAGAUCAAUUAAAAAAAACGUGGGUAGUUUCAAAAGCUAAAAAAGAGGGUGUAGAUGAGGAUAUAUCUAAAUUCGAUGGAUUAUGGGAUAUAUCAGAACCAUCCAAUGUUUUAAUUCAAAAUGACAUGAAAUUAGUAGUUAAAAGUAAAGCAAAACAUCACGCUAUUUCAUCUAAGUUAAAUAAACCAUUUGAGUUUAAAGAAGAUUCAUUAGUUAUUCAAUAUGAAGUAUUAUAUGAAGAAGGACAAGAAUGUGGUGGUGGUUACUUGAAAUUACUUGUAAAAGGUUCAGAAAAAGAUUUAUCUUUAUUUAAUGACAAAACACCUUAUUCAAUUUUAUUUGGACCUGAUAAGUGUGGUACAACUGCUAAAGUUCAUUUUAUUAUAAGAUUUGAGAAUCCAAUAAAUAAAACAAUUUCUGAACAUUCUAAUGGUAAACCUCUUAAUCUUAAAGACCCAAAUGCACUCUUUGAUGAUAAAAAGAGUCAUCUUUAUACUUUAGUUAUCAAUAAGGAUAACACUUAUUCAAUAUUAAUUGAUAAUGUUCUUCAAGUUAGUGGAGAUUUAUUAAAAGAUAUGGUUCCACCAUUGACUCCACCAAAAGAAAUUCAUGAUCCAAAUGAUAAAAAACCAAGUGAUUGGGAUGAUAGAGAAACUAUAUUUGAUGAAACUGCUACAAAACCUGAUGAUUGGGAUGAGAAUCAACCAGAAACAAUUGUUGAUGUAAAUGCCGUAAAACCAUCAGAUUGGCUUGAAGAUGAAAAUGAAUUAAUUCCUAAUCCUGAAGCAGAGAAACCAAAAGAUUGGGAUGAUGAAAUGGAUGGUGAAUGGGAAGCUCCAUUAAUUAAAAAUCCACGUUGUGAAGGAGUUAGUGGUUGUGGAAAGUGGACUCAACCAACAAUUCCAAAUCCAGCAUAUAAAGGUAAAUGGAAGAAACCAAAAAUACCAAAUCCAAAUUAUAAAGGAGUAUGGUCUCCAAAAUUAAUUGAAAAUCCAAACUAUUUUCUUCCAAAACCAUUUGAUGAAAUGUUACCAUUCUCUGCAAUUGGAAUAGAACUUUGGACAAUGUCUAAACAAAUAUUAUUCGAUAAUAUCAUCAUUACAAAUGAUCUUGAUGUUGCUAAGAAAUUUGCUGAUGAGACUUUUGCUCUUAUAAAAAAGAAAGAAGAAGAAUUCGAAUCUAUUAAUAAUCCAUCAGUUGGAUUAUUUAAACAAUUAAUUGAUGCAACAGAAGAUAAACCAUAUCUAUGGGUUGUUUAUGCUCUUUGUGUACUUCUACCACUUAUAUUUGGUGGUAUUUAUUUAUUUGGUAGAAAAACAAAUACAUCACCUGUUUCAUAUGACAAAGAAAGAGAAACUGUUGAAGAAGUUGAAGGAGAGGAAGAAGAAGAUGAUAACAAAGAUGAAGAACAAUUAAGUGGAAGUUCAGAGGAAGAUGAUAAAAUUGUCACAAUAACAAAAGAUGAUCUUGAAGAGGAAUUACAAGGUAGCGAAAAUCAAGAUGAUGACAAUAUUUCUCAAAAAGAAGAAUCAAAUACAGAUUUACCAAAGGAGGAUGCUAAUACAGAAUCUCCAAAAGAAGCCGUCCGCCAACGUAAAGUUCGUGCCCGUCGUCAGGAUUGA